ACAUGUGAGGAAAUAAUUCCGGCUGCCCCAGAGAGUGAGAGCAGCGAAUGACUAGCAUUUGGGGGUGAGCCACUCCUGUGCGUUCCAGUGAGAGCGGAAGUGCUAUUCAGUUCCGGGUCAGAGCAGGAAGCGCCAGUGCGAGUUACUUGUGUUUCCGGAAGUGAUUCCCAUGCGGUUUGCAUGUGUUACCCCGAAGCCUAAGCGUCAGCCAUGAAGUAUUCGUACAAAUUCAGCAACCUCCUGGGCACCUUCUACCGCCGUGGGAACGUGACCUUCACCCCCGAUGGGAAUUCCCUCAUUAGCCCAGUGGGAAACCGGCUCAGUGUCUUCAGCCUGAAGAAUAACAAUGCAGAGACCUUACCACUGGCCACUCGCUGUAACAUCACGUGUGUCGCUCUGUCACCAGAUGGAUCACUGGGGAUACUGGUGGAUGAAGAAGGGGCUGCUCUGCUCAUUAGUUUGGCCACUAAGUCGCUGCUGAACCAGUUCAGUUUCCAGCAGCCGGUGCAGUCAGUGCGCUUCUCCCCGGAUGGCAGGAAGUUUGUGAUCACUAAGGGCAACGUGGCGAUGUUGUAUCACGCACCAGGGAAGCGUCGGGAAUUCAAUGCCUUUGUCCUGGAUAAAACUUUCUAUGGACCCUACGAUGAGACCACAUGUAUCGACUGGACGGAUGACUCCAAAUGCUUUGCUGUGGGCAGUAAGGACAUGUCCACCUGGGUGUUUGGUGCCGAGCGGUGGCAGAAUCUUAUCUAUUACUCCCUAGGGGGACACAAGGAUGCCAUCGUGGCUUGUUUUUUUCAGGAGGACAGCCUGGAUUUAUACACCAUCAGUGCCGACGCCACUCUCUGCAUGUGGCAGUGCGACACGGAACUCUCCCAACUGCAGGCCCGGGACCCCAACAAGAAACCCAGAGAGUCCGAGAAUGCAGAGACUGAGGAACCCAGAGCAGAGGAGAUCCGAGGCACCGCCAACCCUGCGCCUGAGGAGAGUGUGGGCCGUGUGCGCUACCACAAGAGCAGCAGUAUUUCAGAUCAGAGAGUUUCCACCAUCAGCAUCAACUGCACCGGGGACUGGAUUGCGUUUGGCUGCAGUGGUUUGGGGCAGUUGCUGGUGUGGGAGUGGCAGAGCGAGUCGUACGUGUUGAAGCAGCAGGGGCAUUUCAACAACAUGGGGUCACUGAGUUACUCCCCAGAUGGGCAGCACAUUGUCACCGGGGGAGAUGAUGGGAAGGUAAAGGUGUGGGACACAAGCAGCGGAUUUUGUUAUGUGACGUUUACGGAUCACACAAGCAGCGUUACGGCAGUUACCUUCACCAGCAGCGGGCAGGUCAUUCUCAGCGCCUCCUUGGAUGGCACCGUGAGAGCGUUCAGCUUGCUCAGGUACCGCAACUUUCGGACAUUCACGUCCCCAAAACCAGCGCAGUUCUCGUGCCUCGGGGUGGACGGGAGUGGAGAGAUUGUUUGCGCAGGGGCACAGGAUUCCUAUGAGGUGUAUGUGUGGAGCAUGCAGACUGGGAGGCUCCUUGAUGUACUCGCUGGACAUGAAGGGCCAAUCAGCAGUGUGGCAUUUAACCCCUGGCGUUCUGUACUGGCUACAGCUUCCUGGGAUAAGACUGUCAGGCUGUGGGACAUGGUGGACAGCUGGCGGACCACCGAGACAUUGAACCUGAACUCAGAUGCCCUCGCUGUCACAUUCCGCCCGGAUGGCAGGGAGAUCGCCGUGGCCUCUCUGGACGGUCAGAUCACAUUUUGGGAAUCCGAGAAAGGGACACAAACUGGAUCCAUUGAGGGGAGGCAUGACCUGAAGUUGGGCCGCAAGGAGCUGGACAAGGUCACAGCCAAACAUUCUUCAAAGGGCAAGGCAUUCACUGCACUUUGUUACACAGCUGACGGGCAGGCCUUGCUGGCUGGGGGGGCAUCUCGCUACGUCUGUCUGUACCACGUCAGGGAGCAGAUUCUAGCAAAGAAGUUUGAGAUCUCGUGUAACCACUCUCUGGAUGCCAUGGAGGAAUUUCUGGACCGUCGGAAGAUGACGGAAUUUGGUAGCCUGGCACUGAUUGAUGAGGGGACAGGAGAAGAGGAGGGGGUCAGUUUGAGCCUUCCAGGGGUGCGCCAAGGGGACAUGAGUUCACGCCACUUCAAACCUGAGAUCCGCGUCACGUCUCUGCACUUUUCCCCCACUGGGCGCAGCUGGGCCGCCACCUCCACUGAGGGACUCCUGAUCUUCUCCCUGGACUCCAGCACUGUGUUUGAUCCAUUUGACCUGGACGAGGAGGUGACUGCUGGAGGCGUGAGGAGAGCGGUCCGUGGGGGAGAAUGGACUCGCGCUAUUGUCAUGGCAAUGAGACUCAACGAGGAAUCACUUCUACGGGAGACGCUGGAGAGUGUGCCGUGUGCUGAUAUUGCAGUGCUUUGCUCCUCACUCCCGGAGCUGUAUGUUGAGAGGCUUCUGGUGUUUUUGGCAACACAGAUUGAGCGCUCCCGACACCUCCAGUUCUACCUGACCUGGGCCCACCAGCUGCUAAUGUUGCACGGGCAGAACAUGAAAAUCCGAUCAGUGUCUGUGCUUCCCGCUGUCCAUUCCCUACAGAAGAGUCUCCAGGGUCAUUUCUCUGAGAUCUCCAAACUCUGUGAGUGGAAUCGCUACAACAUGAAGUUUGCCGUGUGUCUCUCCAGGCAGCGGGGUAUAAAGCGGGGGGCAGAGGAAUCCGAUGCAGAGAGUGGGAGCCUGGAGGAGGCAGAGAUGGAGCAGUAAAGAAGGGCAGCAUUGGAGCGGCCCAGUUCUGUACCAAGAGAGACUUUGGGUGGCCCAGUGAGACCUGCAGGCAUAUGUUGUGGCCACACAGCACCACAAAUGACCCUGUCGCACAGACUGUUUGGCUGAAAAUGGAGUUGUGGCCAUGAUUUAACGUUCUGCUGGAGCAGAGUGAUGAUGUGUGUCCUGUGACUGCCGCUAUUUAUCCCACUGGAAAUGAAUCACAAUGUUUGUGUAUGAACUUGGCCACGCGGGAACUACUGGGGAGAGGAGGCUUUGGUUUAAGAGACAGAUAUUAUUCUCCUAUCAGUCUUGUUUAGAUAGGGUUGCCACCUUUUCUGGAAAAAAAUACUGGCCUUCCUAUAUUCUUGCUGUUUUUUUCCUAUUAAUAACAUUGUCAUCAAGCAUCUUUUUUACUGGCCAGGUGACACCCCUACAUGUAGAGUGUUUUGCACCCGCCCAUCUCCCUGACCCCCCGGCCACACAAGGACAUUUAGAGGCACAAAGAUUCUCUUCCCAGAUUAGCAAAGAUACAACUCCCUAUGGGAAUGUUUGUUCUGUUGUUCCACUUCCAAGAAUGACGCUGGUUCUGUUUAAUGGCGGGUCUCACACGCCUGCCCCAUCCCAAACUGUUGGACCUUUCCUAAUAAACAUUUGUAGGAA